AUGCCUGACGACAACACCCCAGCCGAGUACCUAACCGACGACGAGCUAAGGCAAUGCCUGGUGCAUGCCGUGCUGGAGAUCGGCGAGUGGCUAGACGACCGCGGCACGUUUCGCGGGGGUCGCAAGGCUGAUCGGCUGAGCUACCUGGCGGCCGAGCUGCAGACGCGGGUCGAUGGCGAGAUCAAAGCCAAGAACGAUGGGUUCGCCGACGACCAAUCGCUAGACGCCGACCUGCUGCGGGACCUGCGUCGGUACCUGGAACGGAGCGCCAUUGCGAAUGAACGGACUGCAGACGCCAUCGGGAGUAGGGACCCCACACCCGAGGAGAUCGCCGAGCGGGCCGCUGCGAUCCGCGAGGGCUGGGACGAGCGAGAGGAGGCCCGGCGCCGGGGUGUCGACUGGCGGCAGCCGGGGUGGCUGCCGGACGUGUUUCCGGGUGGGGAGAUUGAGGUCGACGCCUGA